AUGGCCCCAUCUGAGAAUAUGGACUUCAAGUGUGCGCUUGUUACCGGAGGCGGCGGCGGCAUCGGGAAAGCCAUGUCACAGUACUUCAUCUCGCAAGGCAAGAAGGUCAUCAUCGCUGGACGGACGGAGUCGAAGCUGCAACAGACAGCGAAGGAGAUCGGUGCAGCUGGGUAUUAUGUGCUGGACACAGGAGCUGUGUCGGCGAUUCCGGAAUGUAUCCAGAAUAUUGUCAAGGAACACCCGGAGCUGGAUUGCCUGGUGAACAACGCCGGUGUGCAGCGUCCGCUGGAGGUGUUGAAGCAGGACCCAAGCGACUUCUUGCAGAAGGCAGACCAGGAGAUUGACAUCAACAUCAGGGGUCCGAUGCAUCUUGCGUUAGGAUUGCUGGAGCACUUCAGGCGCAAGCCACAUGCGCUCAUAGUCAACGUUUCGAGUGUGCUGGGCUUCAUCCCAUUCUCAACGGUCAACCCAGUGUAUAAUGGAACCAAGGCGUGGCUGCACUUCUGGAGCAUGGCAUUGCGGACUCAACUCAGAGGUACAGACGUGAGGGUUGUCGAGAUUGUGCCCCCGACAGUAGCUACCGAUCUGCAUCGGGAGCGUGACAACCCGGAUGACAACAAGAAGGAAAACAACCCUAACGCGCUCACCGUGGAUGAGUUUAUGGAGGAGGUAGCUAAGAAACUUCAGAGUGGCGAUGAUACGAUCGGUGCGGGUAUGGGCGCGGGCAUCGUGGAGGACUGGUAUAAAGCGUUUGGCGCAAAGUACGACGAGAUGGCGUGA